CAGUGUUCAUUAAAACCUUUAAGACCUAACUAUUAGUUUUGUGUUUUUUUCUUGUGUUAUGUUUUAGUUAUUUACUUGAAGAGUGACAAAAAGGUGAAAUGGACGGCCGACUCAUAUCGUGGUUGGCUUGCGUCUUGUCGGUGAUUGUUGUCAGUUCCGCAGAAAAUGCUACGACCGUAGCCCCACCUACAACUCUGAACCCAGCUUUGAAUGAAACUGGGAUCUGCAGAAAAUGUAAUUGCAAAGACAACAAAGUGGAUUGCUUCGAUCAAAGCAUUUCAGAGUUCUUCUCUCUACAAGAGUGGAAUGAUUUGAAAGGCUUGAAGCCUACAGUAGUGGACUUGAGCGAGAACCUCAUAACCAACGUGACAGUGAUCGGCGACCUUCCGAUACAGGUCCUUAACCUGUCGAGAUGUUCCAUAGAGUUUAUAGAGAACGCCAGCUUCAGGGAUCUGCAGGAGAUGACCACUCUGGAUCUCAGCCACAAUAAGUUAACUUCUGAUAGACUCAGUCCACAUGCUUUCGAGGGUCGCUUCUCCCCCGAGGAGUACGAACCACUAGCGGCGAUGCGCAAGUUGAGCCUGGCGCACAACGAGCUGCACUCGCUGCACCAGGAUCUGUUCGAACAUUUGCCCGAACUGACCGAGUUAGACCUCAGCGGCAACCCACUCGCCACCAUCGACCACGUCACGCUCAUAGCCAUCUCCAGCUUGCCUAUGCUCAAGGUGUUGCGCAUGCGCAGCUGCCAGCUGACAGAGAUCCCGGACAAGUUCCUGCACACGCCGCGCUACCUAGAACGGUUGGACAUCAGCGACAACCAACUCACUGCCGUGCCGCAGGAGCUAGAGGAAACCAAGAAUCUGCUCUAUCUGAACCUCAACCAGAACCCCAUUGUUAAGCUCGAUAUGACAUCGGAAGAUUAUCCUGGCUUCCCCCGUCUCCGUAAGCUGCAGGAACUGCACAUGUGCAACAUGCGGGAACUGCGCAGUAUCGAGAGCGGCGCGCUGGCGGGCCUGGAGAACUUGCAGCGCCUGCACGUCAGCUUCAACCCCAAGUUGACCUUUAUCGACCCCAGGGCUUUAGCUAGGCCGGAUGAUAUCGGAGAGACUUAUGACUGGCCUACCGUUAAAGAGUUAUACCUACAAUCAAACAACCUAUCAGAGCUGGACGCUCGCUUCCUCCCGCGUUGGGACCUUCUAGAAGCAGUAGACGUGUCCAACAAUCCUUUCCUCUGCGACUGCUCCACGCAGUGGAUGGUCGAUGUGUUGGUACCAGUGAUAGAAGCGAAGCGUGCCAACGCCACUGCUAACAUGGUAUGUAAUGAACCGAUCGAAAUGAGGGGCUACACGAUGAAACACUUAAACGACAUACACCGCACUAUGCGCUGCGUUGACAAGUACGGACACCGACCCGAAAAGGAUGGCGCCAUGCUGCUCGGGACACUUAUAGGAGUGCUUCUGGCUGUUCCCAUAAUGUUAACCUUAAUGCUGCUAUGGCGACACGGCUACUUCGGAUGGCUCGGCCUCAGAGGCCCCGUCGACGUUUCCCGCGCUUUUUACAAACGCGCUCCCGCCGAUGAAAGUUUCAAUAUUUAAAACAUUAUGUAGUCGUAUUAACAAUUUUUGGAUAAGUCAUUAUUUAAUUAAGAUUAGUG